UUGAACUCUGAUUGUUUUCAUCUGAUCCAUUCAUUCGUAAACUUGUCGAGCAUUUUGUUUUGCAUGGUUCUUCAACAUGUAUCACCAACCCGUGCUGAAGAACAGGAGGACGCUUUUGGAGCGUGCAGAAAAGUUCAUAUCUGACAUUUAUUUCACGGACUGCAAUCUCAGAGGAAGGCUGUACGGAGAUACCUGUCCACUGAAGUCACUCUCUUCCUACCUGAGUGAAAAGCGCAUCCCCUUCUCAGAGGCAGUCACAAAAAACUUUCAGCCGUAUAAUGUUGGAGACAACUUUGGGCCAACGUGGUGGACAUGUUGGUUCAAGCUGUCUCUUACCAUCCCAGAGAAGUGGAGGGGCAAGGAGGUGCACUUGAGAUGGGAGAGUGAUGGAGAGGGCAUGGUCUGGAAGGAUGGACAGCCCGUUCAGGGCCUGACCAAAGAGGGUGAGAAAACGUCCUACAUCCUGACUGACUGCCUGCAAGAUGGGGAACCCCAUAGCUGGGAUCUGUAUGUGGAGCUGGGCUGUAAUGGGCUGUUUGGGGCAGGCCAGGGCUCCAUGAUCGCGGCCCCGGACCCUGACAAGAAGUUUUCUGUUCAGAAGGCGGAGCUUGUGGUGUUCAACCGUGACGUCAGAGAGCUCCUGACGGACUUCGAGAUGCUUGUGGACAUCGUGAAGUUGCUAGGUGAGGGAGAGCAGCGAGGUUUCCAGGCGUUGUUCACAGCCAAUGAAAUGGUGAAUCUGUGUGAUCCGGCCAAUCCCAGCUCUUUCCCUGCAGCCCGAAGCCUGGCUCAGAAAUUCUUCAAGCAGAAGAAUGGCGAGAGCCAGCAUGUUGUCCAUGCCAUGGGCCACUGCCACAUAGACUCAGCGUGGCUGUGGCCCUAUGAGGAGACUAUCAGGAAGUGCGGCCGCAGCUGGGUCACGGUCAUCCGCCUCAUGGAGAAAAACCCAGACUUCAUCUUCACCUGCUCACAGGCCCAGGAGUUCCAGUGGGUGAAGGAGUGGUACCCAGGCCUGUACUCUGAGAUCCAGCAGCAUGUUCAGCAGGGACGCUUCAUCCCCGUGGGGGGCACGUGGGUGGAGAUGGAUGGAAACCUGCCAUCUGGGGAAUCUAUGGUCAGACAGUUCCUGGAAGGUCAGAACUUCUUUAAGGCCGAGUUUGGGAAAUACUGCAAAGAGUUCUGGCUGCCGGACACCUUUGGCUACUCUGCGCAGCUCCCCCAGAUAAUGCAGGGCAGUGGCAUCACGCGCUUCCUCACCCAGAAGCUCAGCUGGAACCUCGUCAACACCUUCCCCCACAACACCUUCUUCUGGGAGGGUAUAGACGGCUCGCAGGUCCUCACCCACUUCCCACCGGGCAACUCCUACGAGAUGAAGGGUAAAGUGGAGGACCUGAUGAACACGCUGAAGAACAACAAGGACAAGGGCCGAGCCAAUCACAGCGCUGCGCUGUUUGGCUUUGGAGACGGAGGGGGUGGCCCCACCCAGCUGAUGCUGGACCGGCUGGACCGCGUGCAAGACACGGACGGGCUGCCCAAGGUGCUGAUGUCGAGUCCAGAUCAGCUCUUCUCUGCGCUGGAGGAUGACUCAGGGUUACUGUGCAGGUGGACAGGGGAGCUCUUCCUGGAACUGCACAAUGGCACCUACACCACCCAGGCCAAGAUCAAGCAGGGAAAUCGUCAGUGUGAGGUGCUGCUUCAUGACGUGGAGGUGUCCAGCUGUCUGGCCAUGUGCAAGAGCAAGGGCUUCCCCUACCCAGCUGCCAAGCUGCAGGAGAUCUGGAGGUUACUCCUCCUGAACCAGUUCCACGAUGUCCUUCCAGGCAGCUGUAUAGAGAUGGUGGUGGAUGAUGCUCUGGCCUACUACAAGGAGAUCGAGUGUUCCGGUACCAGACUGUUGGAGGAGGCCUGUAAGGCCCUGGCUUUAGGUGUCCAGACAGGUGCCUGCUCCGCUGUGCUCAACACGUUGGCCUGGGAGCGCACUGAGGUUGUCUCACUGUCAACACAGGAGGGUACAGGGCCGCCUAAGCUAGCUCUGAUUACAGUACCCAGCGUGGGCAUGGCCGUAAUUCAGGAAAACCUGGCACCCAGCUGUCCGGUUACAGUCACGCCACAAGCUGAUGGCACAGUGCACAUGGACAAUGGGAUCCUGAAAGCAGUGCUGGACCAGAGGGGUUGUGUCAUUUCUCUCAAACUGGCGAACACAAAUAGGGAAGCCAUUGCUGACGGUUGCCUUGGAAAUCAGUUUGUGGUGUUUGACGACGUGCCCUUAUACUGGGAUGCCUGGGAUGUGAUGGACUACCACCUCCAGACAAGGAAGCCCGUAGUGGAAGUGGUGAAGCGGGCUGCAGUGACGAGGUCAGGUGGUCUGCGUGGCAGCGUGUCCUUCUCCCUGAGGAUCAGCGACCGCAGCGCCAUCACACAGGAGGUCAUCCUGGAUGCACACUGCCCAUACCUCAAGUUCAACACUCAGGUGGAAUGGGCAGAAAGCCAUAAGUUCCUGAAGGUGGAGUUCCCAGUGCGGGUCCGCAACCCCAACGCCACCUAUGAGAUCCAGUUUGGACACCUACAGAGGCCUACACAUAGAAACACUUCCUGGGACUGGGCCCGCUUUGAGGUGUGGGGUCACAAAUGGGCUGACCUGUCGGAGCAUGGCUUUGGUGUGGCAGUUCUGAACGACUGCAAAUAUGGCUACUCCUGCCACGACAACACGCUCACUCUGUCUCUACUCCGCGCGCCCAAAGCUCCGGAUCUCCAUGCCGACAUGGGAAGCCACCAGUUCACCUACGCCCUCAUGCCACACAUGGGGUGUUUCCAGGAAGCGUCUGUCAUUCAGCAUGCCUACAAUCUCAACUUCCCGCUUCGUCUGAUGCCAAAGGCCAUUGGACAGCUGCAGCAGCCUUGGAGCGCUUUCUCCGUCAGCGGUGACGCCGUUGUGCUCGAGACUAUCAAACAGGCGGAGACCAAGAAGAAUGCUUUGGUUGUUCGUCUGUAUGAAUCGCAUGGGGGCAGCGCGUCCGUGACUGUCUCCACUCCCCUGGCCCUGAAAGAAGCCUGGCAGUGUGACCUAUUGGAGCGUGCCGACCCUGAGGGGCGGGUGGCCGUGACCUCAUCUGGCAUCUCGAUGGACUUCCGUCCCUUCCAAGUCCGCUCACUUCUGCUGUUCCUCGAGUGAGCAGCGCCUUCUCACGACCACAACCCCUCCCUCCCUUCACAUUCCCAUCCCAGUACCAUGGGGGUUAUUGAAGAGGGGAUAUAAUCAUGACUAACUCACUAGUCAUGGUCUCAAUGGUCUUUGUGGACCUGAGAAAAGUCAAUGGGCUUGUCUGACUCGUCUGGUAUCUGGCUGGUUGAAACAAUGAACAUAGGUCUGGGAAAUGUGACAUUUUCUUGACUUUUGAAUCUCGUCCUUAUGUUUGCAUAUGACACAAAUGUGGGUAUGAUGUGGUAUCGUGACAUUUGGUUCAACCCAACCAUCCCAUUUAAAAUUCAGAAUGCCUUGGUUGAAGCCAACUACCAGGGCGAAUUCCAAUGUGUUGACUUCCAUCCUCCCUUGCUUGCUUGCCUGCUUGUGACCUCAUGAUGAUGUCACUGACAACAACAGAAAAUGAAUUGCAAAAGCACAAUUCUAAUGUCAUUUCCUCAUUUGCAACUGAGAUGGUGAAUGGAAAACAGACCCCCAAAAGUUGUUGUGGCUAGGCUGACAGCUGGGAAACUUUGUUUUCUCCACGGAGGCGGGGCAAGGCCACAAGUACAAGUGCAGGACGGGAGUGUGCAUAUUGGAAUACACACACUACCAGAGAGUCAGGCAUGGGGAAACAUAGAAAGGAAGGUGGGGCCACUUAUGUUUUAAGAGCCUUGAUUGGCUUGCAGAUUGCUUCCCUUGACAGGGCAUGAACUUCCUUCCAUAAUCAAUCUGGUGCACUCUCGGGCACUCCAAUAAUGGGAGUGUGUGUGUGUGUGUAUUUUUUUACAUAGACACUUUUGUACAAUACAGUGGGCUUUUGUAAUCGAUGCUUGUCUGUCUUUCGCAACUUUCUGUACAACUGUGAAAUAAACCAUUACAAGAUGGCC